AUGCCCGAGGACGCCCCCUACGACCCCUACAUCCCCAGCGGCCAGGCUGGCGCUGCGUCUCAUGGAGCCGAGUCACAGCAGGGCGGCAAUGCGCGCACCCAGGCGCUGCAAGCGCAAAUCGACGACACUGUCGGCGUCAUGAGGGAUAACAUCAACAAGGUGUCCCAACGUGGCGAGCGUCUCGAUGCGCUGCAAGACAAGACGGACAACCUGGCCGUGUCAGCCCAGGGCUUCCGCCGCGGUGCCAAUCGCGUUCGCAAGCAGAUGUGGUGGAAGGAUAUGAAGAUGCGCAUGUGCCUCAUCGUCGGUGUCAUCAUUCUUCUCCUCAUCAUCAUCAUUCCUACUGUCAUUGCGACCAAAUAA